ACGCUACACACCUUUGGUUUUCGGAUCCUGCGCCAUGGCGCCAAAGAGUCGAUCCAAGAGUUUGGCCAGGGCUGAGACCCAAAAAAAGGCACUUAAGAAAUCGGCCACCACAGCUGCGGUUACGACAGAGAAAAAACAAGUCGACUUGAGUUUCUUGGAGGAGGUGGAUUCAUCAAUCGAUGAAAACCGCAUUCCGAAAGUCUUUCAACUUCUCGGAUUUGGCCUGGCGCAGGGCGAUCGGCAAUGUCUACUGGCUGCAUGUAGUGCUGUUGAACGCAUUUGUCAGGACAAAGAAGGCUUCAUCACGUUGGUCAAGGCCAAAGGAGUGGAGACUAUGCUAUCCUUUUUGCGACAUUUACCACAAGCUCAUGUUUCGCCAGCUACGUCUGAAGCUGUUAAUGCAGCUGCUGCAGCAAUCUUUCAACGAGCUUCUACAUGGCUAGAUGAAGUGGACGAAGUUGAUUUUGAUCAGCUACAACAUGUGUUGCAUUUGGCAUUUUGGUUAGGAUCUGAAGAUGAGGAUGUUGCUCUUUCAGCCCUAGGAGCAAUAGAACGCUUCACACUCUACAGGAGCGAGAACGGAGCUACCCUCCUCCAGUCGGAUGUCUUGCAGGUUCUGCACCGCAUCAUUGGCCACAAUCGUGCGCCAGAGUUGGUCUCGGAGGCAUUCACACUUCUGUACCGACUUUGCGAUGCACCAGCGCCUGCAGUCGUUCCGUUGGUGACUGAUGAGAGCGACCUAGUACGAACAGUAGUGGAAUCAAUGACACAAGCACCACUGAAUAUGCGCCUUCAACUUGCUGGUAUACGCCUUUUGGCACUUUGGUCACAGUUUGACCUGGGAGAAGAUCCUGCUAUAUCUGAUCAAAAGGAUCUCAAGCAGUUCAUCAGAGAGGCAAAUGGAUAUGAAGUUUCGAGGGAGGUCAUCGCAAAUCUCAAGCGUGCAGGGCUCAGCCAUGCUGCUGCUUGGAUGUCGACGAUUUCUUCUCGUUUGCCGCAGAACGUCCGUGGCAAAGAGUCCAAAGAGUACCCACGGUCGGCUUCCAAGGCCAGUGGUGGCUCCUCCCGUGCCAAGUCAAAAUGAGGAGCCACUGGGCCAAAGUGGGAGGUCCUUUGGGAGGCCCUUUGCUUUGGCCAAGCGGCAGUCAGUGCCCAUUGUGCCCAGUGCGUCCAUUUUGGCCUCGGCCUGGGGAUUUCGUGUCAAGGGCAAAGCACUCAACGAAGCUUGUGUCAAGAUCAGUCAAGAUAAGUAGGUCGAUAUUUCACAUUGUAGAUAAAUGUAGAUAGGCUCAAGUUUCAUAAAGUUUCACUGUCUCACUAGGCGUGAAGAAACUGCAUGUGUUGCAGUUCCAAAGAUGCGACGACGAUCAAAAGCAUCAGACUCACUGAAAAC